UCGCCAUAUCCAGCAGCUAUUGCAUUUGCCAUCUUCAGUCUACUGACCAGUCUCCUCAUCACUCCGACAUGCAUCUGGCACACACGCCAUCGUAAUGUCGGCGCCACGACCGUGACCGUCCUCGCGAUUUUAGCCAACCUCAUGAACUUCGCCAACGCGCUCAUCUGGCCCCACGACGAUGUCAGCCGCUGGUUCAGUGGUGUCGGGUAUUGCGACAUUCAGGUCAAGUUGCAGGCGGUCAUGCAGACAGCGUUCCCAGCCGCGUUGUUCUGCAUCCUCCGGAAGCUCGCUGCGGUGCUGGAUACGCGCAAGACGGCGUGGGCGACGAACGCAACGAGGGAGCAACGCGAGUUUGUGAUUGACAUGCUGAUUUGUGGUGCUCUGCCGUGGCUGCAAGUCAUCUCUGCGUUUAUUGUGCAGCCCUUGCGGUUCUUUGUCAGCGGGAUCGCUGGCUGUCAACCGGUCGAUGAUGGGACUUGGUUGUCGGCCCUGCUGUUGCUCGCUCCCAGAGUUCUGUGGACGACUGCUUGUGUUUACUUUUCCGUUCUGAUCGUGAUUCGAUUGAUCGUCUAUCGUCGCGACGUCGUCUCGAUGUUGACACACCAUGACACCAACAAAUCACGGUUCCUGCGCCUGUAUUUGCUGUGUGCCAUCUGCAUCAUGGGUAUCUUCCCGUUGGAGGUCUACAUCGACUAUCUCGCGAUUUCCGCCGGUCUACUCAGCUUCGAUUGGACGCAAACACACUACCCGACAGCGUAUGAGUGGAACUCGAUUGUCUUCAUUCCAAGCGGAGGAGCCAUCCUAUUCGAUAGAUAUAUCUGGCUGGCCGGUGGCUUGCUGAUAUUCCUGACCUUUGGAUUCGGACGUGACGCCACCAAGACAUAUCGAGAGCUGCUAGUGAGGCUCGGGUUGGCACGUUUCUUCCCA